CAGAUCAGGGUAAAGGCUGAGGAUGUACCGAAGACUGCUUUCAGGACAAGAUAUGGUCAUUACGAGUUCGCCGUGAUGCCUUUUGGGGUGACGAACGCUCCUGCAAUAUUUAUGGACUAUAUGAAUCGUAUUUUUCAUCCGUUCUUGGACAAGUUCGUGGUGGUGUUUAUAGACGACAUCCUGAUUUACUCGAAGUCUGAAGAAGAGCACGAAGAGCAUUUGCGCAUCGUUUUGCAAGUCUUGAAGGAGAAGAAGCUUUAUGCUAAGUUGUCGAAGUGUGAGUUCUGGAUG